GCGGGAGAACCGCGGGGAGGAUCCAGGGAGGAGCGCAAGGAGGAGCCCGGAGGAGCUGGGGAGGAGUUGGGGAGAAACGCGGGGAGGAGCGCGAGGCGGAGCCAGGGAGGAGGGCGCACCUGGGACGCACGUCGGGGAGGGACAGGCGGAAGGACUGUCCCGGCCGAGCCCUCCCCUCUGCGUGGCCCGCCCCGGGCAGGGCUGGAAGCCGGAAGCAGGCGCGGGAGAACGACUCGGGACUCAGCCGAGGGGAUCCUCGGGGCGCGCCCUCGCUGCGCCCCCAGCCCGGGAGCGAGCCUUCCGCGAAGGGCCGGGACCAUGGGGGCUCCGCGCUGCCGGCCGCGCGUGUUCCCCGGAUCCCCGCCGGGGCCGUCGCUCCUACUCUUCCUCCUGCUCCUGCGCCCGCCGGGCCUCGGUCUCGCCUCUCCGAGGCUCUUGGACCACCCGGCACCCGAGUGCUCCCAGGAGGGGCUGAACUGCACAGUCAAGAACAGUACCUGCCUGGACGACAGCUGGAUCCACCCUCGGAACCUCACCCCCUCGUCCCCAAAAAACGUGCAGACCCAGCUGCGCUUCGCCCACACGCAGCAAGGACACUUGCUCCCCGUGGCUCACAUCGAGUGGACGCUGCAGACAGAUGCCAGCGUCCUCUACCUGGAGGGGGCGGAGCUGUCCAUCCUGCAGCUGAACACCAACGAGCGUCUGUGUGUCAGGUUUGAGUUUCUGACCACACUGAGGCAUCAUCACAAGCGGUGGCGAUUUGCCUUCAGCCACUUCGUGGUAGAACCCAGAGAGGAGUACGAGGUGACCGUCCACCACCUGCCUAAGCCCAUCCCUGACGGGGACCCAAACCACCAAUCCAGAAACUUCCUGGUGCCCGACUGCAAGGACCCCAGGAUGAAGGACACCACGCCAUGCGUGAGUUCAGGCAGCCUGUGGGACCCCAACAUCACCGUGGAGACUCUCGAGGCCCACCAGCUACAGCUGAGCUUCACCCCGUGGAACGAGUCCACCAGUUACCAGGUCCUGCUGCACAGCUUCCCGCCCGCGGAGAACCAGAGCUGCUUCCAACAUGUCGUCGACCUGCCCGUGCCCGCACAGGAAGCCACCCAGCCGUGCUGCCACAUCAUGGUCACCCUGCCAGACUCCCGCUGGUGCUGCCGCCACCACGUGCAGAUCCAGCCCUUCUUCAGCAGCUGUCUCAAUGACUGCCUCCGACACUCGCUGUCCGUGGCCUGCCCGGAGGUCUUGCAUACCCCAGACGCCGCUGAAGACCACACACCCCUGUGGGUGUCUGCGUUCAUCACAGGCCUCUCCAUCCUGCUGGUGGGCUCUGUCAUCCUGCUGAUCCUCUGCAUGACUUGGAGGCUACCAGGGUUCCGUCAAGGAAAACAUGAAGAUGGCACCAAAGACACAGAGAUCCUGCCCUCCGCCACCAGCCUGAGCCCCCCGCCCCUGAAGCCCAGGAAGGUCUGGAUCGUCUACUCCGCCGACCACCCCCUCUACGUGGACGUGGUCCUCAAGUUCGCCCAAUUCUUGCUCACCGUGUGUGGCACCGAAGUAGCCCUGGACCUGCUGGAGGAGCAGGCCAUCUCGGAGGUAGGGGUCAUGACCUGGGUGGGGCGUCAGAAGCAGGAAGUGGCGGACAGCAACUCCAAGAUAGUCGUCCUAUGCUCCCGAGGCACCCGGGCCAAGUGGCAGGCGAUGCUUGGCUGGGAGGACGCCGCCGCCGUGCAGCUCCGCUGCGACCGCGGGCAGCCAGCGGGGGACCUGUUCACGGCGGCCAUGAACAUGAUCCUGCCGGACUUCAAGAAGCCGGCCUGCUUCGGCACCUAUAUUGUCUGCUACUUCAGCGACAUCAGCUGCGAGGCGGACGUGCCCGACCUGUUCAACAUCACCUCCCGCUAUGAGCUCAUGGACCGGUUCGAGGAGGUCUACUUCCGCAUCCAGGACCUGGAGAUGUUCGAGCCCGGCCGCAUGCACCGCGUGGGGGCGCUCGCGGCCCAGAACUACCUGCAGAGCCCCAGCGGCCGGCAGCUCCGCGAGGCCGUGCAGCGCUUCCGCCGCUGGCAGGCCCAGCGCCCGGACUGGUUCGAACUGGAGAACCUCCGCUCUGCGGAAGGCCGGGACUUCCCGUCCCUGGACGAGGAGGCCUUCGAGGAGGAGCCGCUGCCCGAAGGAGGGAUCGUCCGGCAGGAGCCGCUGGUGCGGGAGCCCACCUCCCAGGACCACCUGCUGGUGGAGCUGCUCCUCGCCGGGGAAGGAGGGGGCGGGCUGGCGCGGCUGGAGCCCCAGCCCCGGCCCCCGGGGCAGCCGGCAGCCCCAACGCUCCAGACCAUGGUGGUCCCGGUGGACAGGGUCCCUCGGGCUCAGGUAGUGGAGCCCGUCCCACAGGAGGUGAGGAGCGGCGCUGGCCGGCUGGCCCUGGUGGAGGGAGAAGAGGCCUGCCCGCUGCUGGGGGGCCAGGGACCCCGGCGGAACAGCAUCAUCUUCCUCUCCGAGGGGCGGCUCCCGACCCCCAAGCGGAACCCGAGCCUCCAGGACAUGCUCACGCCCCCCGAGGAGGAGCAGCGGCGCUCUGUGCAGUCGGACCAGGGCUACAUCUCCAGGAGCUCCCCGCAGCCCCCCGACGACGACGACGAUGACAACGGGGAGGGGGUCGGGGAGGAGGACGGGGGGCAGCCGCUGUCCCCCCAGGGCCUGGAGAGCCUGCGCAGCCUCCAGCUGCUGCUCUUUUUCCAGGAGCUUAGCAAGAACCCCGGCCUUGAGCCCGAGGGCCCGCCAUGCGGGGCCCUUCCCCAGCAGGGGCGGUGAGUGAGCACGUGUGUGCGUGUGUGCACGUGUGGGCUUGCGUCCGUGAGGCCGCACCUUUAAAGGUAGCCAGCUUGACUGUGGGGGAAGGAAAUGGCAACCCACUCCAGUAUUCUUGCCUAGAGAAUCCCAGGGACAGAGGAGCCUGGUGGGCUGCCGUCUGUGGGGUCGCACAGAGUCCGACAUGACUGAAGUGACUUAGCAUGCAUG